AUGUACAGCUUCAAUACUCUUCGACUCUACCUUUGGGAGACCAUUGUAUUCUUCAGCCUUGCUGCUUCCAAGGAGGCUGAAGCUGCCCGCUCCGCGCCCAAGCCUAUGUCACCCUCAGAUUUCCUGGAUAAGCUAAUGGGGAGAACCUCUGGAUAUGACGCCAGGAUCAGGCCCAACUUUAAAGGUCCCCCGGUGAAUGUGAGCUGCAACAUUUUCAUCAACAGCUUCGGUUCCAUUGCUGAGACAACUAUGGACUAUAGGGUCAACAUCUUCCUGAGGCAGCAGUGGAAUGACCCCCGGCUGGCCUACAAUGAAUACCCGGAUGACUCUCUGGACCUGGACCCAUCCAUGUUGGAUUCCAUCUGGAAGCCUGACCUGUUCUUCGCCAACGAGAAGGGGGCCCACUUCCACGAGAUCACCACUGACAACAAACUGCUGAGGAUCUCCCGGAAUGGAAAUGUCCUCUACAGCAUCAGAAUCACCCUAACACUGGCCUGCCCCAUGGACUUGAAGAAUUUCCCCAUGGAUGUCCAGACGUGUAUCAUGCAACUGGAAAGCUUUGGAUAUACCAUGAAUGACCUGAUCUUCGAGUGGCAGGAGCAGGGAGCUGUGCAGGUGGCAGAUGGACUAACUCUACCCCAGUUUAUCCUGAAAGAGGAGAAGGACUUGAGAUACUGCACAAAGCAUUACAACACAGGUAAAUUCACCUGCAUUGAGGCCCGGUUCCACCUGGAGCGACAGAUGGGCUACUACCUGAUCCAGAUGUACAUUCCCAGCCUACUCAUUGUCAUCCUCUCAUGGAUUUCCUUCUGGAUCAACAUGGAUGCUGCACCAGCCCGUGUGGGCCUGGGCAUCACCACUGUGCUCACCAUGACCACCCAGAGCUCUGGCUCCCGAGCAUCCCUGCCCAAGGUGUCCUACGUGAAAGCCAUUGACAUUUGGAUGGCAGUGUGCCUGCUCUUCGUGUUCUCAGCCCUGCUUGAGUAUGCCGCUGUCAACUUUGUGUCUCGGCAGCACAAAGAGCUGCUCCGAUUCAGGAGGAAGCGAAGACAUCACAAGAGCCCCAUGCUGAAUCUGUUCCAGGAGGAUGAGGCCGGAGAGGGCCGCUUCAACUUCUCUGCCUACGGGAUGGGCCCAGCCUGUCUGCAGGCCAAAGAUGGCAUCUCGGUCAAAGGCGCCAACAACACCACCACCACCAACCCCCCUCCUGCACCAUCUAAGUCCCCGGAGGAGAUGCGAAAACUCUUCAUUCAGAGGGCCAAGAAAAUCGACAAAAUAUCCCGCAUUGGCUUCCCCAUGGCCUUCCUCAUCUUCAACAUGUUCUACUGGAUCAUCUAUAAGAUCGUCCGCAGGGAGGAUGUUCACAACCAGUGA